CACGGUUGAGGAGUGCGGUUAGUGCUAUAAUGGAGUCAAAGAAAUCUGCAAAGGGGGCUCCAGCACAACUUCUAGAUGCAAUUAGCAAGUUAGAGGUCAAUAUUAAUCAGAACCUAGAGACGACCAUGAAAGAGAAUGACAGAGUUUACCUCAUGAGGGUUCCUUCCCCCAGUUCCCUACCACCUCUUCCAGCAUUCUCCAUGGUUAAGUCAAUGGUAAUGAGUGAGGUAUUGGAUGCGAGCAAGGAGAAGAUUUUUGCAAGCCUUGUUCCUGACAGCAGUGCAAAGGCACUUUCUAGGUAUACUGAAAUGGUUGAUGAUGUUAUCAGAACACAAGCUGAAAAAUUACAACAAGCCAGUGAGUUAACCCGAGUAAGGCUCAAAGAGAUGGACCUUCCUGAUUCCAUUCUAGCUUUAGAAGGGAAUUUCACUCUCCCAAUGGAGCUCAAAGAAGAUGUGGAGGCAGUGUAGAUAAGUGGGGGCCCUGCUGGCUUGGAAGUAGAGUUACAGUAACUUAGGGAUCUGAGGAGGGUUAACCAGGAAAUGCUGGUCCAGAUAGAUGAGCUUUUGCAGAAAGAGGCAAGAGAAGAUGCUCAAUUUAGAGGCCAAUUUGGAACAUGGUGGACUAGA